AUGGCUUCAGAAAUAGCAAUUGACGAUGAGUAUUCUAUUGGUAACACGAGCACCACCGAGAUCGAAGAUCUUCCGAUUCACGAGGGUGUACAAAAGGUCUUGGAUCUGGUGCACAACUGCACCGUUUACGAAUCACCAAUAGACAUCCACAUUCCUAACACGGUGAAGCUGGAACUACCCCCGUUGACCUGGCAUCAUCUGGAGUUGCCACCGAAGAAAGUGAAACUGACAAACACAGGACACACAAUUAUCCUGAGCGCCAAAUGGUUACAGGAACGACCGUAUCUUUCGGGAGGACCGUUCUUGGGCAAUUACGUGUUCUCGCAAUUGCAUUUCCAUUGGGGCGCCAAUAACAUGGAAGGGAGCGAACAUACGAUCAGUGGAUGUCAGCAGCCUCUAGAGAUGCACGCCGUCUUCUUCAAAAGCUGCUAUCUCACUCAAGAGAGCGCUUUAAAAAAGAAAGAUGGGAUGUGCGUCAUAGCAUUUCUUUUCAACCUUCAAGAUGAACCAAAUCCAGCCAUAGACAUUUUAACGGAUGCAAUUGAAAGCAUUCGCGAACCUCAUACUUCCUACCGACUGCAAUCUUUUCCUCUGACCACGUAUUUAAAGCCAUUUCUAGACGAUUACUUUAUGUACUUGGGUUCAAUGGAAGUUUUCCGUUCUCUUUUGGAUGCUAACUACGAACCUCUUCAUCGCAACUUCCGAGAAGUGCAGCCCAUGUUCGAUCGCACAGUUUACCAUGCGAAUCCUUCAGGUUUCCUUCACAGAACUAUGCUCAUACUGCAGAAACCAGUGAACACAAAGAACAUACAAAGUCCACAACAAGUUAACAAGUAUCCAAGGUCAUCCAAGGAAUAUGUAGGAGCGACGAUCUUCAGAACUGAAGUUGUGGUGGAUCCAUACAAGAACGAUAGAACUGAUGCUAAAGAAUCAAAAACAUAUACAAUGAAUGCGAAGAUCAACGUUGAUCCAAAGAUAUUGGAAAAAAUUAAGCUGGCCCAAAACAAACAAAAAUAA